CUUCUUUUCAUUUCUCUUCCUGCACCCCACACAUCUCACACGAUUUCACCUCCCUUCUUCACUCUCAGCUCAAAACGAAGCAGCAUGGAAUGGAAUAAAUAGGCGUGUGUUUUGACCCUUCCAACAAUGGUGGCUCAACGCAUCAUCAUCGUCAUCGUCACUCUCUUCACGCUUUUUCACCUAACCUCGGCCACAGCCACUGCACCUUGCCAAUUCUCUUUUCUCGACGGGAAAAAGCUCUACAAUUACACCCUCUCUUCUCCCAUUCGCAACUUUCCUCACGGCAUCCUCAGCGAAGACGGAUUUUACAAAGUGGCAGUAAACGAUACCACACUUUGGUUUCAGCUUUGCGAUGGAAUGAUUUUCAAUCAUGAUCCUCCAAUAUGUGCUGACUGCUGGGAUUGUGGAGGGCCAAAACGUUGUGGGAUGGAGUGCAAUGCUCUUGUGGCAAACAACGUUGGGGGUUAUCAUGUAUGCACAGCCAUAGGACGUGGCCAAAAAAUAGAUGUUGACAUUAUUGAUAAGAAAAAUCCCCACACUGGUGUCAUUGUUAAAAUGUCGAACAGUGGCCCUAAGUACAACUGUUCUCUAGCUGUGUCUGUUCUUUGCAAUUUAAAUGGAGUGCAAGGACCGCGAACUCUGGAGAGAUUAGGGGCCUGUGAUUAUGUUACAGAGCUAAAGCACCCAUCUGGCUGUGCCAUCAUUGUAAAUGUUCAUGGAGGAGGGUUGGGGUGGUUUGGCACCUUACUGAUCAUUGUUUUGUGUCUUUUUGCUGCAUAUCUCUUGGCUGGUAUAGUUUACCGAUUUUUCUUCCUCGGGAUUCGUGGUAUAGAUAUUAUCCCUAACCUGGACUUCUGGGUUAGCUUGCCUAGGAGAACACAGAGUCUGUGUGCAUCUUUGGGGAGGAAGUUUAAGGGACCGUCUGAAGGUCACCGGAGCACUUAUUCUCCUGUGAACUUCUGAGAUUAGAUUUUCGAUUCUGGAUUUGUCCGAUGAAUUCUUUAAGGAUAAUCUCCAAAACGAGGCCAACAUUCUGCCGACAAUGCAGAAAACCCCCUUUUCAGAUACCCUAUUGAUCAGCUCUGGGCUUCCUUGAUAUGGAACAUUCCACAGAAAUCUGUAAUUCUUGUUUUGAUCGUCCCUCCAUGAAUUUAGCAUUUAACAUUCUUUUCUCUCUCUGAAAGAAGAGAAAGAGGAGGAGGAAGAAGAAAAAAAGAAAGAAGAUAAAACAAAAAAAGAAGGUCUAGCAUAAUUCUUAUAGAAAAGAAGAAUUGUAAUGGAGCUAAUCUAAUCAUUUUGGUAGACAUUCUUUGGUUGAUAAUAAGAUAAUUGAAUGAAAUUGUAACUUGUUUUUUGUUACUUUGACCAUUAA